AAGAAAAAUCAUCAUAUCCAGAUCAAACAUUUCAGAACCCUCCGCCGGAGAAUCGGGAAACAGAGGAAAACCCCCAUUUUUGUCGAAGAUGAAUAGACUCGUUGUACUUUCUAUUUUCGUGUUGUGGUGCGCGUCUGUUUCCUGUUUGGUACGAGCAGACAAUGCAGCACCAGCACCAGCCCCGUCCCCAAAACCAAAAUCCUCGUCUCCGGCCUCUUCUCCGGCGAGUUCUCCCUCAAAUUCGGCAACGGCGCCUCCUGUUGCGUCUCCUGCGAAACCACCUUCAGCGUCAUCUCCACCAGUGGCGACUCCGAAGAUUUCUCCAGCGAUGUCACCUCCUCCGGCGGCCACUCCCACAAUCCCACAUCCACCGGCGGCCACUCCCACAAUCCCACAUCCACCGGUGCAACCUCCGACUACUCCGCCGUCUACUGCGAGUUCCCCUGUUCCAUCCCCGGCAAGUCCUCCAACAAUGGCUGUGAAUCCUCCGGCAAGUUCACCUACAUUGUCUCCGGUUAAUCCUCCGAAGAGUUCUCCUACACUGUCUCCGCUAAAUCCUCCGGCGAGUUCUCCAUCAUUGUCCCCUGUCGUGUCUCCUCCCGUGGCAGAGGUUCCAGCUAGUGCAGAGACACCGGAGGGUUCCGCUAGCGUUCCCUCAAGUUCUGCGACACCAACUAAGAGUCCUUCUAUAUUCCCUUCGAGCAGCAGCCCACCAAGUCCAGUACCGGCAAGUCCGUCACCGGAGACUGCAGAAAAUCCGGCAGUGAAUGACGAGUCAGGUUCAAGGUCCGGCUAUGAGGCUCCUGCCAUUCUAAGUGCCUGUUUGGUUAUUGGGGCUGCCUUGUAUUUUUAGAUUUUGAUUUUUGUUUUGUUUUUAGUUUUUUAAUUUUUUAAUUUUUUAAUUUUGGUUAAUUUAUGCUAUUUCUUCACUAUCUUUCUAUUAUUUAUUGAAAAUUACUUUAUAUAAAUAAAGUUAUUUGACUAAU